UUUGAUUCAUCGUAUGUGUGUCGCUCUCUGUUUUUGGUGGUUUCGACUAAUUUCAAUUCCCGAGUGGGACAAUUCGACUUGUCCAUAGAUGCUUGCGGAAAUUAUUUAAAAAGUUCGAUCAUUUCAGCCUGAAAAUGUUGGUUCAGUGAGGACUGACGUGAGAGGCCGGCGAGAAUGACGAGUUAUCUAUGGAGGAAGUACGCCGAUUACUUGUACACCAAGUGGGAAAAGAACAUCCUGUGGACCAUGGUCGAUCCGUAUCGAAGGCCUAAAUCUUUCAAGCCCCUGGUCACCAUCUAUAUCGCUGCUUUUUAUACUGGCGUCAUUGGGGCGGCAGUCACCGAGCAACUGUACAAGGAGAAGUACUGGGAAGAUCAUCCUGGGCAGGAGGUUCCUCUCAUGAUGCCAAAGUUCUAUAAGGGACCCUGGAGGGUGUACAGAGGCGAGGCCAUUCGGUCGGAGAAGUGAGAGUAGUUGGCGAAUGCCUGGGUUCUAUGCUUACAUCUUCUAUACCACACUCCUGUUCUCCCUCAAGCCCAGUGAUUCUACAGACAUGGAUUCUCUAAAUGGAGAUAUUACUUUGGUUUGAAGCUUUGAGGAAGUAACACCUGCUGCUGCUAUGUUGGAACUGAUUGAAGAUGCUUUAGUAGGAAUGAGUUUGUGUAUCAAUAAACAAACUAGCUCACCACAGGUAAUGUAACUUGUAUGUACACAUGUUCCUGCGUUUAUGAUUAUGAUAUCGAUUAGGUUU